ACUGACAGUGAUGGCUUGAGGAGGCCUGGCCAAUCAGCUUUCACCUUAGAGAAACCUCGCUGUCUGUAGCAACCAAUCAGAGCUUAGCUUGUAUCCCCCACACUUUAAUAAGAGGAGGUUCCUGAUUGGUUGAUGCUGUGGGCAGCGCAGAUGUUUAUCCGCCAUCUUUAAACAUCCUAAUUGUCCCUGGAGGAUCGUCGAUGACUGCGGAGGAGCGUUCACUAUGGGAAUCAUCGGGGGCGGGGUAUUUCAGUCAAUAAAAGGGUUCAGGAAUGCUCCGGUGGGAAUGAAACACAGACUACGGGGCAGUGUGAACGCAGUCAAAAUCCGGGCCCCGCAGAUUGGAGGUAGCUUUGCUGUGUGGGGGGGCUUGUUCUCCACCAUUGACUGCGGUCUAGUGAGGCUUCGUGGGAAGGAGGACCCCUGGAAUUCCAUCACCAGCGGCGCUCUGACCGGGGCUGUGCUGGCAUCUCGCAGUGGGCCUCUGGCCAUGGUGGGCUCAGCACUGAUGGGCGGGAUAUUAUUGGCUCUCAUAGAAGGGGUCGGAAUCCUCCUGACUCGCUACACAGCGCAACAGUUUCAAAACCCCAAUCCAUUUGGAGAGGAGCCAAGCGGUGUACCUCACUGACCGCAGACGAGGACAGCUCGGACCUUCCAUGUCAGACUUGUGAACACCUUUACUACAGGUGAAGGUGAAUGUGGGUUUUGUAUAAGAUAAAUGUUCUUAUCCUUCUGUAUAGAAAUAAAGGGCGUUCGUUGUG